CCUAUGGCCCGCAGCCUAGUUCGUUCAUUCACUCUACAUCUACAUCGUCAUCUACUGUUGUCUAUUAGCAUUCGUUUCAAUUGGACAAUUCCAAUACAAAUAUCAAACCAGCCAACAUGUUGACAAACCGUCGAUCGACCAUGAUGGUCCCACCAAACCGGUUGCCAAGUUGGCACCCUCAUUCAAAAGUCGCGGCACCACAAGUCGCGUCUCCAGCACCUCUCACAUCGGAAGCCGAAGCCCCUCAAAGUCGCACUCAGGCUCUCCUUGUAUCGACAUCGCCAACAUUGGCCGGCUACCGCAUCAUCAGCGCCAUCGGUGCAGUACACGGCACUACAUCGGUGACGCGCAAAGACACAAAAUCUUUUAUCAAGAACAUUGCCUCCAACUUCAGCAGUAGCUGGGGAGAGCCGAAGACGAUAACGAGUAUCAUAUACCAAGCCCGCGACCAGGCAAUCGAGAGGCUCAUCAACGAAGCAAUGAACAAGGGUGCCAAUGCCGUAGUUGGACUAGAAAUCAGGGAAAGCGAGGUACUUGGAUGUAUCGUCGUCAGUGUGAGCGGCACAGCAGCGUAUGUUGAGAAGGAGAGUCCGACAAAGCGAGACAGUGCACAAGACGCGAACCCAUUUCGAUGACGAUAUACCCAUAUCAUAGAAGGAUGGGAAUGGUAAUAUCGGGAGGAUAUGGUGUUUUUAAGAAUUAUUUUGUGAAUAUGGGUAUUGGGGUUACGCAUUGGCGUUUGGAUUUAGUGGAUACCUGGGGUAAAUCCAACAUUGCACGC